AUGAAAGAUAGGAGCGGCGGCGGCAGAGCAAAAAUAAAGAGGAUUUUAGGGUUGAAGGAAGAUGGAGUGAGGCGUGCUGAAGGUUCUGUAAAGGAAGAUAAUGGUGAAGAGAGCACUGUAACAGUCAGGUUAUAUGGCCCGAACACCGAUUAUGUCAUCAACCGUGAGCGCGAGUUGCAGGCUAUCAAAUACCUCUCGGCUGCAGGAUUUGGUGCCAAAUUGCUUGGAUUAUUUGGGAAUGGGAUGGUGCACUCCUUUAUCAAUGCACGUAUUCUAACCCCAGCAGGUUUUUUAAAUGAUGAAACCUUCCAUGGUGUUCCUUUCUUACUACCAGACACGAGGGUGCCAAAGCUGGCUGUUGAAAUUGCAAAGGAACUUCGUAGGUUUCAUGCGGUUGAAAUUCCAAGGUCUAAGGAACCUCAGUUAUGGAAUGAGAUAUUCAAGUUCUUUGAGACUGAGAAACUAUAUUUGAUAGAUUUUGUGUACGAAUCAUACAAUUACAGAGGUUUCGACAUAGGGAAUCACUUCAACGAGUAUGCGGGCUAUGAUUGCGACUACUCAUUGUACGUCUUUUCCAUCUCCCUACCUUCUUGCCCUGAUAACAGCAGUGAUCCUGAAAAAGUAUCGUCCAAGGAUCUUGAAGUGCUUUACGUAGAGUCAAACAAGUUCAUGCUGGCUUCACUCAUAUUUUGGGCCCUCUGGGCACUAAUCGAGGCGAAGAUGUCGCCCAUCGAUUUCAAUUACCUAGGUUACUUCUUCUUGCGCUACAAUGAGUACAGAUUGAAGGAGGAAAUGAACUGUUUGUUGGCCUGA